GCGGCAGCGCGACGGUUUCACUUACGUCAAAACAAUUUACGACACCCUCCGGUUUGGCUGCGGGAGAGGCUGUGGUCCUCCCCGCCGCAGCGCCCGGUCUCCCGCCCCUCGCCGAGCUCUGGACACACCGGCGGAUCACUGUGCGUCCAGCCAGUCCCGCCCCGCCAAGCAUGGAGGCAGAACAGAUGAUGGAGGGACAGCCGCAGGUUCCAGAAAAUCCCCAUUCUGAGUAUGGUCUCACGGAAAAUGUAGAGAGGAUAGUAGAAAAUGAGAAAAUAAAUGCAGAGAAAACAUCAAAGCAGAAGGUGGAUCUCCAGUCGUUACCCACACGUGCCUACUUGGACCAGACAGUUGUACCUAUCUUGCUACAGGGACUUGCUGUUCUUGCAAAAGAGAGGAACUGCAUAAAUUUGAUGUGAAACUAUGGAAGACGACUACAAAAAAGUGAAACUAUGACAAAGUGAAAGAUGGAACACAAAUAAACAGAAAAUGAUGCACCUAGGAGGAUCAUUAAUACCCUAAUGCUAGUGACAAAAUGAUAGAUUCUGAACUGACAAUUCAGACCAUUUUCUUUUUGUGCGGAAAAAAAAUAAUCUUUAAACUGUUAAAUGUAUAUGGCGAUGCAUUGCAAAAUCAAAAAUAAAUUCUUAGUGGUAGGACAGAAAUUGAAGGGAUAAAACCAAGCCACAAUGUCACUAUAUAUAUAUUUAUAAUGUUCUUGUAUUUUUAAUAUUGUAAUUCCAAUCUCCUUGUAUUUUGGUCGAAUGUGAGAAAGUAAGGGUGACAAGGUGGUGAGAAUGGACUGCUGUCUGUAUAUGAACCGACUCGAUAUCUAGAAAAGAUACCUCUGAGAGAGAAUACAUUAGGAAUCUGUUAAAUCACAAAUAGCAUAGAGAUGAUUAAUUAGGAUGGAUUGUUUAUCAUCUCCUCUGAUACAGUAAUCAAUUUAAGUGAAGCAGGUAGCAAAUUAAUAAUGAACAAAAUGAGGUGAUCCUUUACAGGUCACAUAAUUAAGCAAUAUAAUUUUUUACCUCAGAUUGAGUACAUUAAUAUUUUAUUUGGGCUUAAGGGGCAACUGGUCAAAGUUGUAGAGGAAUCCGCCCAGGACUACUAACUGCUAACGCAAAAAGCUGAUACAUGCUUGGAAGCCAAAAGGAUUGGUCCAGAGAAAUAUCUCUGCACACUUCUUAUUUUUUCUUUCCUAUUUUUUUUACACUCUUUAUAGGCAUAUUUGCUCACUUCCAGACCUUUGGUCUGACCCACUGUGAAGUUAAAUUGCUCAUUUAUUCUGCAGACAGAAUCCAGACUAGCAGGAUUCAUGCACUGUAUCUGGAAAAGCUUUUUAAAAAAACCUUAUGAACUAAGGCCAGUGAUCAAAAGUGUAACUGUUGUAGCAGUUCAGUAACACUGAACCAACAGUCACUAAUACUCCUUAUUGAAAACUUCUUCAUCAGAAAUAAAGUGGAAGCCUACAGUGUAAUUCUAUGUAAUUGGUCAUCCCUAAAUUAAGGCUUGUAAGUGUUUGGGGGGGAGUUACGUUGCUUUUAAGAGAAGGUGAUUAGUUCUCCAGCUACCUAAUUUCUUAUAAUAAAAAAUAAUGGCUUUUGAUUUACUUUUUUCU